ACCCAGUGCUAAAUCUUCGAUUCUUGAUUAAAAAAAAAGACUACUUUUUACGAUAUCAAGAUUCUCAACCCUUCUUGUUUUUCCUUCUAGAAAACAAUAUGCAACAAGAUCCCCAGUUCAAGCCACUGGCACCAGUUCAAGAUUAUCCAAGAAGCGACAUGGAGUCGGGUGGGUUUAAACCCAAAGCUUCACCUCGAGAAGAAAAAAGCAGUAAAUGUCUUGUUAUAAUUCUGGCAAUCAUGGUCAUCCAAGGAGCCGUUCUCUUGAUUUUCGGCUCUAUCUUUUUACGCCCCAGGACCCCAGGUUUUGAGUUGGGAUCAGUCAGGGUUCGGAACCUCAAUUAUAGGACUAAUUCAUCGUCUCCGUCGUUCAACUUUACGCUUGUAACGUCGGUUGCCGUCGAGAAUGCUAAUUUCGGAGACUUUCGGUUCGACAACACGACGGGGACUGUCUGGUGCGGUCUAGUAGUCGUCGGAGAGUUUACAAUACCUCCCGGGAGAGCUCAAGCUAGGGCAACAGAGAGGUUGAAUGUUUCAGUUGAUGUGAGCUCACUGCGGAUACCCAAUACCACGAGCUUAAGCAGCAAUAUAAGUUCUGGGAUUUUAGAGCUGAGCAGCCAUGUUAAAUUGAGUGGAAAGCUGAAUAUCAUGAACAUUAUGAAGAGAACAAGGCACCCUGAGUUGAAUUGCUUCAUGAAACUCAAUUUUACAGGGGGGUCCGUACAUGAUUUAAGUUGCGAUUAGUAAAUGGAAGAACUAUUUUUGUAAAGACUGUUUGCUUAAAUUACUAUUCCCCUGCUUCAUGCUUUUGAUUAUAUAUGUUUAA